AUGGAUUAAUUAAAAGGGAUAGGAAUGCAGGUGUUCUAUACAAUAUUAAAGUAACACAGAAGAAAGUUAAGGCCUGAGAUGAGAAUACUGGGAGAUGCUUACGUAAAGGAGGAAUUCAGACAAGCUCACCAAAAAGCAAAUCAAGAACAAUACAUAGAAUUUUUGAAGAGAUGGGCUAUUUACAUUGAGGAAUUGGAUAAAUCAAAACAGAUUGGAAGAGAUUUAACUUCAGAGGAAAAAGCAUUAUUGAAUGAGGAUUAGAUAGACAACUUGGCGAAGCUAAAAGAAUUCUCUAAAUAAUAAAAAUCUGAAUGACAUAUAUGUUUUGAUGUUAAAAAAUUUGCAAAUUA